AUGAACUGUGAAACUUGCCGAACAAGCAAAUGCUGUCCAGAGCACUGCUGUGAUUGGGAUACGUGCAACUGUGGUGAUUGUCCAGAAUGUGGAGGCCCAGCCUUGCAGCCUGAUUCCCAAAACUCACAAACUGAUCCUUCAGUCACAUCAGUCAUCGAUGAAACUGUAAGACCUCAAUCAUAAUAAUAAAAUGGCUCAGUGCGGAAUUAGUUCUCUCCGAGAAUUAUUCCUUCCCUCGCUUUUAUUAUUAUGGGGUUCAGUUUUUCCACGUGGCCUUUUAUCAGCAACACCAAUAUGGAAUACCGCAUAGGGUAUUUCUUUGGUCCAAGAUAUUAAGCUCCACCUGGGUUUGCUGCUUGACACACCCGAGGAGGGUGACCCUUAGGCGGAACACGCGCAGGAGUCGAGUUCGGGCGAGGCAACGCUGCCGGUGCGGGAUUUCUGGCCCGUUGGGGAUGGCACUUUAUAGAAUGGCUUGGUCGGGCUAACCAGUCCAAGAUUGCUUGGUGACGUCACCGGUGGGAGUUAAAAGGAUGGGCUUAAGCAUGCCUAAAUCAUCCUGUUGAAGAAAUCAAAACACCUUAAAUACCUAAGUAACUAAGUAAGUAAGUAAGACCUCAAUCACACACAUAAAUGGAUGCAGAUCAACCUGCCCUGCUAACACCCGUAGCCAGGAAAAAAUUCAGGGACCUUAUGGAAGGAAGAGCAGUGUGCUGAGUGAUAUGUCCGGGAAAUUUUACCGAUGUUUGCUCCAUUUAAAGGGGGAGUUAAACUUGAAAAGUGAAAGCCCAACAAGAUAGAGACAGUUUGGCCAGUCAAGUAACUUCCCAUAUGAUACCAGAUGUUGCGCCGUGGGCUAAAAGUUUCAUCUUUGUUGACAGCCUGGUUAGAAAUUCGCUUUUUGAAUUUUCAGAGAGGGUAGCCCCGUUGAUGCGCGGCAGGUGUCCUUAUUUCAGUUUUUAAGUGCAAACACUCAUCAGAGAGGAGCAAAUCAGUGAAAGGCUGUUUUCAGACUGGCAAGCAAGCGGCAAAGUGAGCAAGGACGUGAAAGUCCAAUAUGGCUGGCCUUUAGCAACUCUGUAAUAAUGCAAGUUUAACCAUAAGGCCUCAGCCUGUAGCUUCAACAGCAAGCACAGCUGACACAUCAAAGCCACUAUUACUAUUUGAUAUGCCUCUUGAUGAAUAUAUUUCAAUGAGAGUAAAAGAAAACCUUGCAAAAGAAAAAAUAGAAGAGGAUAGGCGUAAAAAAGAAUAUGAUGAAAAAGCUCAGUUAGAAAGAGAUCGGCACAAUGCAGUUUUAGAAUCAUCCAGAGCUACAAUUGAAAGAAAUAAAGAGCUCUUAAAGAGUACACAGGACACACUUGAUAAGCUAAAAAAUACUAUUGAAGGCUGCAAACAGACUGAACAAAGGUUUAAAGAUUUUCAGGAGUCCUUUGGGAAGAUCAUGAGCGAUGGCUUACUCCCUCCUAAUGUAGCGAGAAAAAAUGCUUUAGCUCUCUAGCCAAAAAAGGUCAAUUAUUUUAAAAUUACUCUCGCUAACGAAGGGUUAAUUUUCCCAAAAAUUCUUCUAAUGGUUUGUUCGCUAGCCAAAGUAGGAGUUAGCAAAAUGCUUUGGAAGCGGAGAAGAUGUUGAAGAAAUGAAAAAAGUGUACGGAGUCCCUCGGAUUGCAUCAAUUGAAGAAGUGGCUUCGAAUAUAGCAGAAAAAAGAAAUGUUGUAAUUCUGACUGGAGCUGGGGUGUCUGCUGAAAGUGGGGUUUUUACAUACAAAGAUUCAGACGAAACCUGGGAAAUUGAUGGAAAAAGUUAUACACACCAAGAAAUCGCUAAUAUUGAUAUACUGCAAACUUACCCAUUAGAAUUUUGGCAGAAUUUCCAUUACAAUAGAAUGAGGAUUUCUCACUGCAGUCCUAACCAAACACAUUAUGCAAUUGCUGAUUUCUAUAACUUUAUGAGAUAUUCCGGAAGAAAAGUCACUAUUAUUAACAAUUUAAAAUUUCAGUUAGGGGUUGGACCUCGGUCCUAUAACUGAGCUCACUGGAAUUCUUGAGAGUCUCGGCUCAAAGUGAAGUUUUCUACACAGAGGCUGGUAAAGAUAGAGAGGUCCUAGGAGGCUUGGAGACAGAAACAGGUAGGAGACUAGGCUGGUCUUACCUAGAAGGAACAGAACUUGAAAUCAUAAUCUUAAACUUAAACUAUUAUUACUCAAAACAUUGAUGGCUUUGACAGGGAAAUUUUAGGCCCAGAAGCUGACUUGUGUGAAAUCCAUGGCAAUCUACACUAUAUGCGCUGCAUGUUUGAAUGUUGUACAGAAAUUUUCCCAGGUCCUCCAGUUGACGAAAUGGUUGAAACAAUCCCAAUGUGUCCUGUUUGCCAAGCAUUAGCAAGGCCAAAUGUGCUGCUUUAUGGAGAAGAGUACAAUGAAGAGCAGUACAAGUCACAGACAGCACUUCGAGCAGUAGAAGAAUGCGACUGCUUAAUUGUCAUGGGAACUCAGUUGCAUUGUGGGCUUCCAAAUAAAGCAGUAAAAGACACAGCCAAAGCGAACAAGUUAAUAGUAGAAAUCAAUAUCGAGCCAGUUAUAGAGUACGGCAACGUUUUAGUGCUUCCAGAAACAUGUGGAGCUGUUUUUCCACCAAUUGCUGGGAUAGUGAGAGAUAGUUUUAGAUAG